GUCCUCACCACCACGAGAAGGUUAUCACAAAGCAAUUUGCUCUGACACUGUUGAAGGAAAUCUCCCCCAGAAGCAUUUGCUGAAAGUGCUACAUUUGUCACUAGGGUGCCUGGCAUUUCAUACUUUGCUUCGAAAAAAAAAAAAAGACACAUAACUAAUUAGAAAAGUUAUAUACUGAGAGAGGUCACCACAUUUUUGGAGUACGGGAAAAAAGAGGAAAAUAAAGAUCUGGGAUUGCUUCAAAACAAAAAUGAUGUUGGAUCUGAAAGGCUGUGCCCAGGAGACAGAGCACCCAUCAGGCACAGAGCCGCACAGGAUGAAAGACAAGUGACAUGUAGCCUAUGGACAGAAACCACAAGAAGAGGAGAUUAUGUUUCUUUUAUUAACUCUUUUCUGGACGUUCAUUUUAUUCACUGGUUUAUGUCACGCCAAAGGACUAGAGCCAUGGGACUGCCAGGAAAAUUAUCAUUACGUAGGUAACAACCGGUCUGCUUGUAACGGUCCAACACCUUUCCUGUUAUUCAGCCAUGGAAAUGAUAUUCUCAGCAUUGACAUUGAUGGUACUAAUCUCAAGACAAUAGUGGCCAGCGCAGGAUCAUCGGUGUUGCUGGAUUUUGAUCAUAAGGAACAAAGACUUUACUGGCUUGAUCCUAAGAGAGGCUUUAUACAGAGGAUAUUUCUAAAUAAAACUAAACGUGAGAGAAUGCGUGCUGUAAUACAAGGAGCCACACAAUUCACAGUGGAUUACAAAAACAAGAACAUUUUCUGGACUAACCAGCAAAAGGGAACCAUAGAGUGGACUGGCACGAGUGGAAAGAAAGCUAGAACCCUUUUGAGAGGUUUAGUUCACCCCAACUUCAUUUCUGUUGAUCCAGUGGAGGGGUUACUCUUCUGGACAUCUGGUAGUUCGGUGUCAGUGAUUCAAAGAUCUAAUCUGAAUGCAACCUCCAUAACUGCUGUUACUGAAAUGAGGGGGGAUAUUAAAGCCCUUGCACUGGACAUAGAUACUAAGAAAAUAUACUGGAUCUUAUCUAAACUAGAAGGUGAAGAAUCAAGCAUUGGCACUUGUACUUACUAUGGGGACUCUGUAACAGUAAUCAAGAAAAUAGGCCAUUUUUCAAGACAAAGCAGUUGGGGACUUUCACUUUUCUCAGAUCACAUCUACUAUACAGAGAGAAAAUCUUCCAUCCAGAUUCUAAGUAAAUACACUGGAAAAGAAAAUGUAAUAAUCACUUUAAAACUGUCCACUGUGGACAUCUCAGAUAUAAAAAUAAUCCCUCGGCUGACAUCGAGCUUUCCUUCCAGGUCCGGGUCAGAGGUGUGCACUUUGGUGAAUGAUCAUUGUACAGGGGUAUGCCAAAGCAACAGAGUUAACCAGCAGUGCAGAUGUAACCAAGGCUUUCAACUUUCUUAUGAUGGCAAACACUGUGAAGAUAUUAAUGAAUGUGCCUUAUGGAGUCAUGGCUGCACUCUCGGCUGUGAAAAUAUCCCAGGCUCCUAUUAUUGUAGCUGUCCCAGAGGUUACGUCCUUCUCCCAGACAACAAGUCAUGUCAAGAUGAGAUACCAUGUACACAGGACAACAGGAACUGCAGUCAUGGCUGCGUACAGACAGCUGGAGGACCUAUCUGUUUCUGUCCUGAAGGGUCUGUUCUUGAAAGUGAUGGCAAAACAUGCAGAGGUUGUUCCUCUCCAGACAAUGGUGGAUGUAGCCAGGUAUGCAGGAGAACCAGAGAUGACAGCUGGGAAUGUGACUGUUUUCCAGGUUAUAAUCUUCAGAGGGACAAGAAAAGCUGUCUUGCUUCCGGUCCUCGGCCAUUUCUAAUGUUUGCAAAUGUACAUGACAUCCGGAGGAUAAACUUUGAUGGGACCCAGUAUGAAAGUCUUCUGGCUUCACAGAUGGGGAGAGUCUUGGCUCUGGAUUAUGACCCUGUGGAAAAUAGGAUUUACUUUGCACACACAGCUCUGAAGUGCAUAGAAAGUGCAAAUAUGGACGGAAGCAGCCGUACAAAGGUGAUUUCCGAAGUCAUGGACACACCAGAGGGUCUAGCCAUUGAUGCCAUCCACCGAAAACUUUACUGGACAGACAGAGGAAAAUCCUGCAUAGAAAUUAGUGAUUUAAGUGGAAGAAACCGGAAAAUAAUUGUGAAGAAAAAUGUACAUGAGCCAAGAGGAAUUUGUGUUCAUCCAGGUGCUGGGAGAUUAUUUUGGACAGAUAUUGGGCCCAAUCCAUAUAUAGGAAGCUCCAGUCUAGAUGGUCAUGAAAGGAUGGUUGUGAUCAGCAGUAAUUUAGCGUGGCCUAGUGGGAUUACUGUGGACACCCUCACAAAUAAGCUGUAUUGGUGCGAUACCAAGAGAUCUGCUGUUGAAUCUUCUGAUUUGGAUGGAUCAAACCGAUUCCUCCUUUCGCAGAAUGAUGUAGGCCAUCCUUUUGGUAUAGCAGUAUUUGAAGAUCACAUAUGGUUGACUGACUGGCUGCAGCCAUCUAUAAUAAGAAUGAACAAAAGGAAGGCAAAGAGCUGGGUACGUGUACAGGGCGAUAUGAAGAGGCCUUCCGCACUUGUGGUCAUACACCCUUUGGCCAAGCUAGCCAUUACUGACAGCAUACCUGAACCUAGAAAAUACAUAACUGUAGGCAAUGAGACAAAGCGCCAUGAGUCCUUCCUCCACGGCCCACUAACUACCAUCUUUUAUGCGACAGUUAAUGAUUCUCACACCAGCAAUGCACUGGCAACUGAAAUACUGGUGUCAGAUGAGAGUCUCUGUGUGCACAGUCAGUGCGAUAUCAAUGCACGCUGUGUGCUAUCACAAGAUGGACCAAGAUGCCAGUGCCUGGAAGGCUAUACUGGGAAUGGCAGGACCUGUAAUGAUAUUGAUGAAUGCCUUUUUUUACACAUUGCUGCUUGCGACCCAUACCGAGCAGAAUGUAUUAAUAUGGAGGGCGGUUAUAUCUGCAGAUGCAUGGAAGGUUUUCUGGGAAAUGGUCUUGAGUGCACUGAGCCAUUCGCAACUGUUAAUACGACAGUAAAUGACACAUCUGGAAAAAGUCACACACAGGACUGUCCUGCUUCCCAUGAUCACUUCUGUUACCGCGGCAAAUGCAGAUACUUCCCGGAUCUGGACGAAUACGGCUGUAUUUGUAUUGCAGGAUAUUUUGGAGAACGAUGUCAGACUUAUGACCUGAUUUGGUGGGAGAAGCACAGUGCACAACUGAAGAUUCGCAACAUCACGAUUAGUGUUUCAUUGGUGGUUCUCCUCCUUGUACUAGGACUUGGGGGUUUUGCAGUGUACUAUUACAGGCAUCAACUUAAGCAAAGCGGAGACACUGACAGGCGGCACGUCGAGCAGCAUUAGAAGCGGGUAGAAGUCAGCCUACGUGUCCAGUGAGCCUGAGAAAUUGGAGAAUGGACAAGUUAUUGGUCUAUGGAGCGCGGCCAAAACACUGGAUCAUGUAUAAACUAAUAAAGCUUGGAAAAAGAUCCUGAAUACGAACAAAUCACAAUGGAUUCUACAAUACAGGCUAGAGUGGAUCCUCUUUUCUUAAUUCUUUUUUGAACUGGAAUAUAAUUUGCAGAGAAUCAUCCUUCAAAAAUACCUGGAAAUGGGGAAGGAGGGUAUGUGGAUGAAGACUGUAACAUUGCCAAAAGGGAUGGUUUGUCAAAUAAACCGUUAUCUGGAUUAUUGUGAUGUCAUUAUCCCAGUAAGUGCUGAACAUGACAAGUUUUUUUUAAACCCAUUUGUUAUACAGAUAGCUUGUCCUGAAACAUGACUAGUGUUAUUUAAGAUACACCCAUAGUGAAGUUAGACGUUCAUGUUUCCAUUAAUGUACAUAUUGUCUAUUUCUGCUGAAAAGGUCACAACGGCAAAUGCACUGGAGAUGUUCAUUGUGAUAACAAUGAACCAUUUCUACUGUGUCUAGAGCUGCUGUUAAUAUAGUACACAAUUAUAGAUGUAAGUACAAAGGACACUGACCAAAGGCGGAUCAUAACAGGGAUGUUUAGGGUGACAGCUCCAGGUCCGAAAUCCCUGUAGGCCCAUUGUCAUCCAAACUCCCAUUACAAGGAAGGAGAGCACCAUAAGAUAAGCCUUCAAUACAAAUGUAUUUCACUAAAGAUGCACUAAACCCAAAGUCCUAAGCUUACAAUAUCAUUUACAAUAUAAAUGUUACUGGAAGUCCACAGAACUGGAUAUAUUUGAGAUAAUGUCUAUCACAUGUCUACCCCAUGAGUAGUGAUCAGGAUGUAGACAUUUUUCUGGUACUACAUAAAGUAGUGAUCAGGAUGUAGACAUUUUUCUGGCACUACAUAAAGUAGCGAUCACAUGGUAGACAUUUUUCUGGUACUACAUAAAGUAGUGAUCUUGGGGUAGACAUUUUUCUGGCACUACAUAAAGUAGUGAUCAUGGUGUAGACAUUGUUCUGGUACUACAUAAAGUAGUGAUCAUGGGGUAGACAUUUUUCUGGCACUACAUAAAGUAGUGAUCAUGGGGUAGACAUUGUUCUGGUACUACAUAAAGUAGUGAUCAUGGGGUAGACAUUUUUCUGGCACUACAUAAAGUAGUGAUCAUGGGGUAGACAUUGUUCUGGUACUACAUAAAGUAGUGAUCAUGGGGUAGACAUUUUCGUGGCACUACAUAAAGUAGUGAUCAUGGGGUAGACAUUUUUCUGGGACUACAUAAAGUAGUGGUCAUAGGGUAGACAUUUUUCUGGGACUACAUAAAGUAGUGGUCAUGGGGUAGACAUUGUUCUGGUACUACAUAAAGUAGUGAUCAUGGGGUAGACAUUGUUCUGGUACUACAUAAAGUAGUGAUCAUGGGGUAGACAUUUUCGUGGCACUACAUAAAGUAGUGAUCAUGGGGUAGACAUUUCUCUGGGACUACAUAAAGUAGUGGUCAUAGGUUAGACAUUUUUCUGGGACUACAUAAAGUAGUGGUCAUGGGGUAGACAUUGUUCUGGUACUACAUAAAGUAGUGAUCAUGGGGUAGACAUUGUUCUGGUACUACAUAAAGUAGUGAUCAUGGGGUAGACAUUGUUCUGGCACUAAUUCAAUUGAAGAACGCCAUAGUCAAAGGAUAUUUGAUCACAUUGUACUUUAUGAAUAGACUUUAGGUUUAGUGUUCCUUUAAUGCAGAUAUGUAUGCUGCCGCAUACCUUUUAUUUCCUGAUUAAAUAAAAUAUUUCAAGCUGCAUCUGUAAUAAAAAUGUUGAGAUGUCUUGAGCAAUGUCACAGUUUUCUAUGGUUUUUCAUUACUUAUUUUGGUAAUACAGUACUAAAUGAAAACCAUUAAAGGAAUACAGAAUGCAGUAAUGCACCAUGGCAUUGAUAACACUAUAGCUAAUGAUGGAUGUCACGGAUUUAGGCAGGAUCUGCCACCAACAUAAUGUGGCUUAGGUCAGUCAGUUCCCUGGCAUGUCUGAUGGGUGAAUUAGGGAAGAUAGGUGUCGUAGCUACAUUUUCUAAGAGUGUAGUCACAUGCGGGAAUUUCACUGCAGAAAUUUCUGUGGCUGAAAACUCAAUUCCAUAUGUCUGAAUAGGAUUGCAUCUGCAGCAAAUACAUGGAUUCUACAAACCUUGUUCAUACCCUAAACUAUAUUCACAGCUGUAGAAUGGAAUUAUUUGAAGAAACAGAAUAAAAAUCACAGCAGUGUGUUUGCAUUUGCUGAGGGCUUAUACAUGGUAUACAAUAUAUUCUCUGCUGUCAUAAUGAAGACAUGCUAAUUGUGAUACAUCUGUGUUUGCAUUUCUGUAUUUGUGUUCCAACAUAGGAAGAGAUAAAUGAAAAUGGUGGCAGUGCUGGAUCCAUCACAUGACAUACCCAUCAGACCAUUACCAUCCCAUCAUGGUGUCUGUCAUUUUACCGGCUGCUUGCUGCGCUAUUUCUUUAGCAAUUCAGUGGAAUCAGCAGCAGAGGCUUCUAAUGAAACCUCUAACACAGAUGUCAACACAACCUAAAUGUGAAUAAACUGUAUUACUGGAGAUUUAUAUUUUCAUUUCAUUUUUCAUUUCAUCAUUUAUCAUUUCAUUUUUGUCAGCAUCCAGGAAUAAUAUAUGCAAAAACUGGCCAACGUUUCGGUCCUAAUACAGGACCUUGAUCACGGCCU